AUGAGUCACAGCUCUCGCAAGAUCAGCAUGAACAUGACAUCUCAAAACCCAUCCCCAAGCGAUCCGGUGACUAGGACCAACCGGUCAGCAACGGGUCCAAAAUAUGACUCACAAGAGACUCAAUAUGACUCACAAGAGACUCAAUAUGACUCACAAGAGACUCAAUAUGACUCACAGCGACACAUCCGUGACAAACCACGACCCAGGCAGACCUUUCGAAAGACCGACUGGGCUGUAGUGCGACGAGAAUUCUCCACAAAGCAGCAGCACAUACCUCUGAUCGCCUCGACCGCAGGACUGGAACGUGGAGCCCAAACCAUCAUCCAGCAAGUAAAGCAGGCAUUGACCAACCCCAUGCUGGUGACGCUAUACCAAGGCGUGGUGACGACGAGUUGA